AUGCUCACUGUUUUCUCAUUCUGUUCUUAUUGCGUCAUCCGCUUGCCGGUGUGCAACCGUCGCAAAACGGCAGCGCGGGGUGCUAAUCCCGACCCCAACUCCCAACCCCAGCUCCCCCGCUACCGUAACGGCCACCCCUUCUCUUCCGUCGCCGUUUUGAUAUCCUCCCUCUGGCGGCCCAACACCCUCUACCCCACCCCAGCCACUGACAAACGCAUCCCCACACACACUUACACACACACACACAUGCAGAUCUCCAUUUUUCUCUCUCUCUCUCUCUUCUCUCUUGUCCGUUCGACCAUCAUCCAUCAGGAGUCACACGUCCAGCUCACACCUUGUCCCGCUCAUGACGGGGACACACGCAGACGCAUCAGCAUGUCAACUUCGUCCGAUUAUGGCACGGGCGCGCCGCCCGCCUCUGCCGUGGCUGCCGUGGCUGACCUUUGCCACAUCCCCGUGCAUCACACCCAAGCGCCCUCAAAGCAAGCUGACCCGCCAGCCCCCAUCAAGGAAGAGCCCGCCGGCCCUGAAGAGGUCGUCGACUCGAUCACUCCCGCCACCGAGGGUGAGCUCAACUACGGGUCCUACCUCCAGCUCGACCGGCUUCUCUCCAGCCAAACACUCCAAAGCCGCGGUCCGGAUGGCAACCCCGUGCACGAUGAGCACCUGUUCAUCGUCAUCCAUCAAGCCUACGAACUCUGGUUCAAGCAGAUCCUCUUUGAGCUCGAUUCAGUCCUCGAUGUCUUCAAAGCCGGCUUUGUCGAUGAAGCCAAAAUGCGCCUCCUUGCCGCCCGCCUACAACGCAUCAACGUCAUCAUGAACCUCCUCGUUGAUCAAAUUAGCGUGCUCGACACCAUGACCCCGCGCGACUUUUUCUCCUUUCGCUCCUUCUUGGGCACCGCUUCCGGCUUUCAGAGCGUACAGUUUCGCAUCCUGGAAAACAAGAUUGGUGUCAAAAAGUCACUGCGCAUCCGAUAUCACUCGGAUGACUACAAAGCGGCGCUCUCUGGCCCUGACCUCAAGGCGGUUCAGGACUCUGAAGAGCAACCAUCCCUCUUUGCCAUGAUUGAGUCUUGGCUCGCUCGCACUCCCGGUCUCAAGGACGGUGAUUUCGACUUUUGGACCCAGUUUCAAGCCAACCUGCAUGAAUCUUGGCGGGCCGCCUGGCAACGCAUCGAAGCCGAACCCAACGCCCACCUGCAAGAAUCCAUGCGCGCUGCCCAAAAGGAAACAGAAGCUCAGUUUGAGCGCAUCUUUGAUGAAGAUGUUCAUGCCAAUGAGCUUCUCAAAGGCAACCGACGCUUUUCUUACCCGGCUUUCAAAGCCCUGUUCUUCAUCUCCUUCUAUCGUGAUUUCCCGCGCUUCCACCUCGCCUACGAUGUGCUUAAUCAGCUCGAGGUCUUGGACAAGCACCUGCAAAAAUGGCGACUGAACCACGUCAACUUGGUACAGCGCAUGCUAGGCACCAAGGCUGGCAGUGGGGGCUCCUCCGGCUAUCACUACCUCCGCUCAACCCUCAGUGACCGGUACAAGGUCUUCCUUGACCUGUACAACCUCUCAACCUACUUGGUGGAUGACGACUGCAUCCCCGCGCUUCCCCCUCACGUGAAGAAGCUGUUGAACGUGCCCCCGGAGAGCUAA